CAGAAUCGGUACAAACACAAAACAUCAAGGAGUUAAAGUGUAAAUUUCAUCAUAAAUGCAGAAUCCAAACAAAACCGCAGACAGUUUUCAAAACUUUGAAACUGUAAGAACAAAGUUAAGGACACACACACACACAGAGUGAGAAAGGGGGCCACCUUCCAUUUUCCCCAUUUCACAACUACAAAACAGUAGCAUCAGCAUUUCACCACUUGGUCACCGUUUACACUUUCUUAAUUGAAAUCUGAUUUCAGUACCAAAAGGAAGAAUCCCAUUAAAGAAAUCGCAAAAAAAGAAAAAAGUCAUAAUCUUGGUAGUAAAUCCAUACCUACUCACCUCCGCACCUCAUCACCUGAUGGUCCUGAUCCUUGCAAUUUGCAAAAUCCCACCUCCUCCUUCUUCUCGCUCUAUAUCUCUAUCCGAGCUUCACAAUUUUAUAUUCUUUUGUUUAUUUUUCUAGAUGGGUUGGUUAGAUAUUGUUCCAUUGUCUAGUAUUUUGUUGGGUUUUUUAAGGAAAUUGUUGGAGUGAAUCCAUAUGGGUUUCUUUGAUGAAGUAGAAGAAAUUUAAAAAAGACCCCUUCUUUUUUAUACUUUUAUUAUGCCCUUUUGAUAUUAUACCGAAAAGCUGGGGAAAAAAGAAUGGGCAUUUGUUAUUCUUCAACUGGGAAAAGGAGUAGGGAAAGGGAGUGGAAGAGUAAAUACGAUGAACCAGCAGCUGGUGGCGGGGUGAUUGAUUUGCGGAAAACUACUAGUGGGUCUAAUGAUUUUGCACAUUUUAUCAGCAAAAUAAGUGGCGGCGGCGGCGGUGCGGCGGCGGAGGAGCGUGCCCUGCAUCAGAUUCCGGGAAGGUUAUUUGGGAAUGGUGCUACAGCUUUGGCCAGCUUGUAUACUCAGCAAGGCAAGAAAGGAACCAAUCAGGAUGCCAUGAUUGUUUGGGAGGAUUUCUGUUCGAGAAAUGAUACGAUCUUUUGUGGGGUAUUUGAUGGUCACGGUCCAUAUGGACAUAUGGUAGCUAGGAAAGUGAGAGAUUGCCUUCCUCUUUUGCUGAGGAAGGAAUGGGAGUCUUCAUCCAAUAGUGAUCAAAAUUGUGGAGCUGAGAAUGGAACUCCGAAUGGAAGCACCCAUUUCGAUGAAAUGUUGGAUGACAAUUGUUGUGAACCAACUGAGAAUGAGGCCACGGUCAAGUUCCCCGACAUCCAUCAGCCUUUGAAGAAGUCCUUUUUAAAAGCUUUUAAGCUGAUGGAUAAGGAACUAAAGUUGCAUCCUACAAUUGACUGUUUUUGUAGUGGAACGACUGCAGUUACUUUGGUAGUUCAGGGCCAAGAUAUUGUACUUGGAAAUGUUGGCGACUCAAGGGCAGUUUUGGCUACAAGAGAUAAAGAUAACUUUUUGAAGGCUGUGCAGUUAACUGUGGACUUGAAACCUAAUCUUCCGGGAGAAGCUGCUAGGAUACAGAAAUAUAAAGGAAGGGUUUUUGCCUUGCAAGAUGAGCCAGAGGUGGCACGGGUCUGGUUGCCUAACAGUGAUUCGCCUGGUUUGGCAAUGGCAAGAGCAUUUGGAGAUUUCUGUCUCAAGGAUUUUGGUUUAAUCUCUGUCCCAGAUGUGUACUAUCACCGGAUAACUGAGAAAGAUGCGUUUGUUGUUCUUGCCACUGAUGGGGUUUGGGAUGUUCUAUCUAACAAAGAGGCUGUCGAUGUCGUGGCUUCGGCCCCAAGUCGUGCUACCGCAGCAAGAGCUCUUGUUGAUUGUGCUACGAGAGCUUGGAGGCUCAAAUAUCCUACAUCAAAGAACGACGAUUGUGCUGUUGUUUGCCUUUUCUUGGAACAGUUGGCUUUCUCAAACAGAGCUGAAGUACAAAAUGAUUUGCCAAUAGCACCCCAAGAGGUAGUGAUAGUUGCUGCAAACGGCGAUACAAUGUUUGCCAAUGCUCCCGAUAUUUCAGAAUCUCUCAUGAAUGCUAGCAGAACUUCAGAUUCAAGGUUUUCAAGUGCGACUAGUGACAUAUCAGGAGCAAUUACGACUUCAGAUUCAAAGGUUUCAAGUGUGACUGAUGAUGACAUGUCAGCAUCAUCUCCAGCAAAUGCUGCGAACGAAGCAGCUUCGUCAAAUGUUUCCGAGAUAGAACCAGUAGUUGAACCUGUAGUAGAGGAAAAGCAGGUUCCAGAUAAGAGCAUAGGUCAGUCUAAAAGGAGCCUAGCCGAGUGCCUGUCCACAGCCGAAGACGAGGAAUGGUCAGCCCUCGAAGGUAUUACAAGGGUUAACAGUCUUCUGAGUCUUCCUAGGUUCCUGUCCAUGGAUAAGAGAUCGGCCAGCUGGCGGAAGUGGUUAUGAUCAUCUUUUCCGAUUGAAUUGUAUCAUGGGAAAAAUAUCAAGCUUGAAUGUUGCUUUGGUUGGAGGGCACCCAUAUGAAUGUGACAGAAUUGGUGGACUUAAAAAAGAGUAUUUAUUACCUUUUUGAUAGCAGCUAAAGAUUGAUUUGAUGCCUAGUAAGUCAAAUCCACCAUUCAGAUUGUAAUGUAAAAAGUUUGACUGGUUGGAUCUUUUCCUAAGUAAUGAAACGAUGGCAAAGCUGAUAAAUUAAAUCUGAGCUAUGGGUGGUUUUUGAUUCACAGAUUCAGUAUCGCAGUCUAUAUACUUGUGUUGUUGUUGCAAGGGAAGGGGAAGGGUUCUGGUUCCAUGCUAAAAUAGCUUUUGGGUGCUGGUGGUUGUAGAGAAGAACAUUGUAAAUGUUUUCCUUUCUUUGUUUUUUUUUUUUUUAAAUUAAAAUUCUCAAUCUUGGUGUUUUAUAUCCUUCUUGAAAUGAAAUUAUUGUCCAGUUUGAAUGAUUUUCAUAAUGUACUCCAUCUGUUCUAAAAUUAUUGUCUAGUUUGAGAUUUUACUUUCAGUACAAUUUGAACUAAAAAU